AUUGUAUACGUGUACGUGUAUGUUCAACGCCGUGUAUAUUAACGUGUACAUAACAGAAAUAAUUAUGAUGUUAAGGUAUUUAACGUUUCUUCUUUCGUUAUUGCUGUAUUUUGUGGAAGGUGAAAGAUAUUGGCAUACGUCACAAUUCAGUUUAACGAAAUUGUACGAUUUUCAAAAGGAACACUUUAACAGCUUUAAUGGUUACUUGGAAAUGGAAACGAGACGUUUAGAAGAAUUAAAAAAGUAAAAUUCCAUAAUUUUAAUAAAACAAAAAUUGUAAAACAGUAUAUACUUGUAUAAACUUGUAUAUAACUUGUACAAUUAUGCAUUUCAAUAUUGCUAAUUACACACAAAAUAUAUGUGUGCAUUAUAAUUAGGUAUUGUUUUAUUUGUACUAUUUAUAAUUGUAAACCAUGCAAUUAUUAAGUAUUUAAACAAUAAACAAAAGUAUACAAAUAUGCGCUUCGUAGGUAUAAACAAUUAUGAUCGAAUUGGAACAAAAAUUGAAGACAUUUUUAAGCUGGUUUUGGUUCAUAAAACACUGUUUCAUAGCAGAUACAUUUCACAGUAACCCGCGGGGAACGAUGUCUCUCGCUCCCCCUACACAUACAGUACAUUAAAUAAUUAACACAACAUUAUAAUAUUUAGACGAGUUUUUUUUUUAUUAUUAUCGGAACUAAAAUAAACAUGUAUUCGUUUCAUGAUUAAGAUGGAAAUUUUAAACCAAAAAAUUAAUUAUUUUAAACUUUUAAGCCUUAACACGCUAAGUGCCUUGUAGUCAGUGCUGAUUUGACAUUGUGACGUAUAUUGCCCGUAAAUCCACGCGAAAUUCAGCCCGCAAUUACGUCAAAUAAUAAAAUAAUGAAAAUGAAAUAAUAUAAAUUUACUGUAUGUUAAGGCUCAGGGGUGUCUAAUCAACGGCCCGUCAAGCUUUUUAAACCAGCCGACCAAGUUUACUGAUGUUUUGACAAUAUUUAUUUAUCAAUUAUCAAUAGUAUCUUUUACUAAAAGAAAAAUAAUAAUAUAAAUGUGUUUUCGUAAAUUAUUACUCUUAAUAACUGUAGUCUAUAGAACCAACUUAAGUAACAAAUAUUUAAAAGCAACACUGUUGAUUGGAACAACAAAGUUUGAUGCAUAAUAUCAAGCAAUUUCAAACUUCUUAUUAAAUAAAUUACUCGUAUCACAAUAAAACAAAUUUUGAAUAAUAAUAAAUACAAGUUAAUAUAAGUUAAUACAAGUUAAUACAAUAUAAGUUUUUAUUGAUUUUAAUAUAAAUUUCGAUUUGUUAAAAGAUUUUUAACGAUUUUUAUCGAUAUUCUAAAUCGAUUUUGAAAUUUAUUUCAAGCCCUGUUUCUAGUGUUCCUCGCUUAAUUAAAUGAAGGGGUCGCAAAUAUCUAUGAAGAAAUUAAAGUGGGCUCCGUCCAAUUCAAGCAAUUUGUAUUUAUAAGUACAAAUAAAAAUAAUAUUUUUGGUAGGAAGUUUUACAUUAUUUUUCCAUCGCAUUUUCAACUGGAUCCAUUAUCCUAUACAAGUCUAUACAAGAUUCCCAGUGAACUACGAGUAGUUAUUGUGAUUUAUUAUUUUUUCUGUUUUAUUAAUAAUAUAAAUUUAUUGAAAGUACAAGUACUCUUAAUGACUUAGGAGUGGCGUAUUUACAACCUGUUUUUACUUUGUGGGGGUGGGGUUCAUUAACACAAUUUAGACUGCUAAGUUCACUCAAAUCAUACAACUUAAUUGAUAAAUUUGGAGGAGGCAAGCUCCUUAACCCCUUCUAUACUCCCCGUAAUUAUUUCACUACAUCCAUCUAAUGUAUAAAAUGUUGAUAAGGCAUUUAGGUUCAAUGUACGAAUGGCAUGAUCGUAAAAUUAACUGGUUCAACUAUUUACAUAAUCACUUAAACGGUUUUCAAUUGAUGAAGCGAACUUGGCACAAAUUACAGAAAAUCGAAGAUUUGAUGGAUAACGAACAAUCUAUAAAAGGUAUAUCAAAUUAUUUAAACAUGUUUAACCGAAUUUCGCUCAGAAAUGUUUUUCCUCUUCUACGUUAUGGUACAUUACGUAAAUUAAAUUGCUUUAUAAUAUCAAAUUUAUUAUUAUUAUUUUUUUGAAAUCCGAAUAAUCAUAGUUAUAAGUAGAUACUUCAUUAGUUCUUAUAUUAUGCAUCAAUUAGUAUGUAUCAAUGCAGGCACCUACUCGAAUCUUAUUCUGACGAUCACAUAUGAAAAUAUUGUAGCUUUUUUCAAAGUUUGUUCCUAUGUUAUUUGAUGUACGUAUACUUAUUAAAACAUAUUAAACAAAUUUUGACAAUUUUGAACUUCGGAGAUUUGUCUAAAUUAUUCACGUUAUAUUAAAUGGCGUUUACAAUAUCAUUGUACAAUGUAUAUAUUAAACUCCAAAUAUAUUCAACAGCUUUAGAAAAAGUUGACAAAAAUAACGGCACUAUCACCGACAAUUACAUAAAUUUAGUUUAUCAAGGAAUAAGAAGAGUCCAAAAGUUCUACGCGAUUCCCGCGUCUGAUAUGGCGGCGGGUAGACGUGAUGAUCAAAUCAUCGGAGAUCCAAUGAACUGUUAGUAUAAUACUUCGGAUUCUGUGAUAUCACACGAACAGUAUGCGAAUCGGUUUUGUUUUUAUUUCAGCCUGCGAAUGUUAUGUAAUAUCGAAUAAUUGUUAUGAGCGAUACGACUAUUAUGGUAGCAUGGAUUGGGCUGUUCAAACCCACGAUAAAUGGACGAUCGACGGUCGACCAAAAUGUGUGAAUAUCAAAAAGUUACAUCAUCAAAUGAUUAUAUCUUCGAUGCACACAGGUAAAUUAUAACAAUAUUUUUUUCCCUCGAAACUCCUUACAAUUACUACACUAAAAUGUCAAUAAUUGUAUUAUAAGUGUAACAAUAGCAAUAUAACAUCGAGAAUAUAUUUUAAAGUUAUUUUAUAUAGGAUUUAACUUGACAACUGUAAUAAAUUCAAGCGAGUUAUAUAAUUCAGAAACUGAUGCUACAAAGUUUAUACAAAAUGCCUUUCUUAUGAAUAAUGAAAUGCAAGUAUUUAAUAAAAGCAAAUGUAAUACAACCUUCGAUAUAUUCAAUUCGUACAAUGUAAGAACAAAAUUAAUAAGUAAUUAAUUAUAUUUAUUUCAUUAUAUUAUAAUGAAAACAAAGUUUGAUAUUCAAUAUUACAUUGUACAGCAAAUAAUUAAUUUGUAUACGAAUUGUAGAUUUUGGAAUUCAAAGAUCACGAGGAUAAGCAUAAAUAUUUGUGUAGAGUCGGUUAUCAACAUCAAACACGAAUAUUAACAAACGAUUCAAAGUGUCGAUAUCAAACAAACAAUGUCAGCUAUCGUAUAUUGAUGCCUUUUAAGGAGGAAGAUAUUAAUAGUAAUCCAAGCAUAAAAAUGUACCAUGACGUUAUAUACGACGAUGAAAUUGAAAAAAUUAAAAUAAUCGCUCGUCAAAACGUAAGUGAUGACGAUCAGUUUAAAUUUUAUUAAGUUAUAUUUAUGUACCUAUUACAAACCAUUUUUGUGUAUACGAAUUGAUUUAGUAUUUUUUUGGUAGAUUUAACAUUUUGUUAACAAUUGUAAUGGUAUAUAAUUUUUAUAUUUUUGUAUUCUUGAACAAAAUAUAAUUUCGGAGCAUUGGAGUUUAAAAGUAUAACACGUAUAACUAUUAAUAGAAAAUUGCUUACGAGAUAUAAUUAACACUAAACAUUAAUAAUGCAAAUAUUUUUUUGAGGUUUUUGACUAUUUGUGUACCUGCCUAUAUCCUAUAUAAUACUAUAUCAAUAAAACUUUGGAUUUUUUUAGUUUCAAGACGGAACAGUGGUUUCACUUGGCAAAGGAACCAGUUUAGAAACCAUACGUUCGGGUCAAGUCAGUUGGAUAUACAAAUAUAUGGAAAAAGAACAAAAUUUGGAUUCAUUAGACGUUAGAAUUCAAUCUUUUACCGGUCGAUAUACAGAGUCAGCCGAAAGCUAUCAAGUAGUUAAUUAUGGUUUAGGUGGUCACUAUAUACCACAUCAUGACCCAUUACCAAAUAGAACUGUGAGUGACAUACACGUAUAAAAUAUAUUAUAAAUAUAUUUUUUUAAGCAGAUCAAAAUAAAUAUAAAUAUGAAUGAAUAAAUAUAAAAAUAAAAAUGAUUCUGUUCACUGGUAGAUCGCUGUUAUAGUUAGAUAGCUAGAAGGGUAGGAUAUACAAGGUAAUUGAGUUUGUAUAUUAUAUGCAACGAGAAAUCUUUGAAAAUGAAAAACACUGAGUGAAGUAGUAUUAUUCGUAUUCGUUCAUUUGUUUUAUCUUGUAACUCAUCUAAAAUAAAUUUCACGCUUUACUUAAUUGUUAAGAAAAAUACAAAGAAAAAAAUAGACAUCCUAAGAUAACGGGGACGGGGUAAUUUGGCCUACGCUAUGGUGCGAAGUAUACGUCCGGUUAUUUGUAUUUGAAAAGAUUUGUUUAUUUUCUAGUAUUCAAGAACAUAUGGACAACGAAUAGCAACAGUAUUAUUUUAUGUAAGUAUAUACAGAAUGAUUCACUAGGCGUGUUCAUCCUGUUAUUUUGGUUAAAUUGUGCAAAAUGGUUAAGACCAAUUAAGAAUAUUACUUUAAAUAAAUUUUGGUGUCAAAAUGUUUGAUUUCAGUCGACCCGUUAACGAGAUAUUCCACUUUUAAUUUUAGGUAGGGGGAGAGUAGUGGGGCACUAAUAAAACGCCGCACGCCGUGCCGCCACACAAAUGAUACUCCACUACUCUCCCCUACCUAAACUUAAAAGUGGAAUAUCUCGUUAACGGGUUGACUGAAAUCAAACAUUUUGACACCAAAAUUUAUUUAAAGUAAUACUCUGUCUAUUUAUGGAAUUUUUAAUAUGGGUUCUUUUUUGAAAAACCUAAGUAGGUAUCACCACGGGUUAUUCCUUAAAUGUUGUGAAAAAUAAUCUAAGCAUUCGAAAAUAUCUGCUUUAAUUACAUUUAAAAAUUCCAAAAAUCAGAAUUUGAAUAUGUUUACGCAAAGUUUAACUAAAUAAUUGGGGUAAGUACCCAAUGUGUGUAUAUAUAGGUAAAUUUAACAUUUCACUCGAGCAUUCAUGAUUAUGAAUAAUUUUUUUCAGUUGACUGACGUUGAAAAUGGUGGUUUUACAACAUUUCCGACAUUAGAUAUUAUUUGUCCACCUGAAAAAGGAGCAGCGCUUGUUUUUUAUAGUUUAAACUUAACCGAUGGGAGCUUACUAUACGACAGUCUUCAUGGAUCAUGUUCCAUAUUAAAAGGAAAUAAAUUUAGUAAGUUUGAUCAUAAAAAAGUGGUAUUUUUUUCUUUAAAUAUUAAUUGUUUGAAUAAUCAAUAAAUACAAAUUAAUAAAUUUAUUAUAAAUUAAUACUUCAAGUGAAAUUAAACAAAAAAUAAUAAUAAUAAUGUACAAACAGGUUUGGUUUAAAAUAUCCAACACUUAUAAUAACACUAAUAUGCAAUUAUUUGUUAUAGUUUUUACUAGAUGGUUACGCGAAGAAGGACAACAUUUAACUUAUAAAUGGAAAGAUAGGAACACAUUUGCAUAUUAGAUAAUAUAUUAAACACUCAAAACAUCUAGAAGAGUAAAAGUUAUCGCUAAGUGCAUGCACGUAUCGAAUAUCGAUGUAAGUAUUUAAUAUAAUAUAGAACCGUAGAUAGACUGUAAUAAAAUGUAUUGAAUGUAAUAAAAACCAUGUAACAGAA